AUGUCUUCAAAUACAUUUUCUAAACAAAAUUCAUCUUCUGGCUCAACACAUCGUACUCAAACAAGAUAUGAAAAUAAUGAGAAUAAUCCACAACAUAAUGGUAAUCGUCGUAGUUUGAGUGGUAAAUUUCGAAAUUUAUUUCGAAAGACUUCUGCUUCACCUAAUCGCACAACGAAUAAUGGUGAACGUCUACCACCACCUGCAUCAACACGUCAACGAUCUCUAUCACCAGAAGUAAAAUCAGUAGCCACCGAACCAUCUUAUUUACGAGCACCUCUUGUUAGUUGGCCAUUUCGAAAGAAAAAAUCAAAAUCACCAGCAACAAUAAAUGGUAAAACGAAAACAACAGGUAGUCGUAAAACUAAAAAAACAACAGUACCACCAUUGGAAAUCUCUGGUCCCAUCUAUCAACAAGAAUAUCAAACAUCAAUACAUGGUCAAAAUUUUGUCCCAAGAACACCAGAACAUUCAUAUGGUAGUACUGGAAGACCUCAUUCAGCAUCAAAUUACGAAACAACAACAAAAGGUUUUCGUGAUUAUAUGAUUAUUGAUCAUGCAAAAUCAUCUCAACAGGUAAUCGUACCUGAUACUGAUAUUAUUACACCACCACCAUAUUCAUCGAAUCGUAAUCGUUCACCAUCAACGAAUCGUCAUCGUUUACCUGAUACAAAUAUUGAAUAUUCUUAUCAUAAUGAUGUUUCAUCACCACCAAUAUCAGAUAGUGAAGUCUUUCAUACACCAAAACAACAACGUAAAGUUGGUGAUAUUUCAUCAUUAACAGCUAUUCAAACUUUAGUUGAUAAAACUCCAUUACGUCCUCAAACUUCAAAUUAUUCUCCAUCAAAACAACGCCGUCAAGCGGAUGAAACUCAACCAUUUAUAACUACUCAAAUGUUAGUCGAAAAUACUCCAAUACUUACUCCAACAAAGACACGAUCACCAAAAUCAACUAUAAAUUCUAAUCAAUGGAAGAGUAUAUCAUCAUCUUCUCUCAAUAAUACUGGAAUGCAUUCAACAGUAUCAUCAUCAAUGGGUGUUGAUGUUCCAAAAUUAAAUGGACCUUUAAUGCCACUUGGUUAUACAUCAAAUACAGAAAAACCAAAACAAACUAAUUCUCAAUCUCAUCUUGAUACAACAUAUAAUUCAUUAUCAACUAUUAAUAAUCAUGUUCAACCAAAUCGAUCACAUACAAAUAAAUAUGGUUCAUCACCUGAUGCAGAAAUUAUGCAUAGUAGUAGUUUAACUUCAUUACAACCGGCGACAACGAAUUUUCCUAAAUAUCCUGGAUUAAAUGCUAUUAUCGAUCAUCAUUUACAUCCAACUUCUAUUUAUUAUAAUGAAUAUCCAUCAACAACGAUAAGUCCUCAACAAAU